UUAGUACUUCCGGUUCCUACACGUGUUGAGCAAAAUAAUGUUUUGGUGAAGACAACAUCACACAAACUUAAAAAGAUGGGCAAGAAACGGACUAAAGCCAUUCGCUCCAUAAGAACAAAACAGAGUACUGGACAGGAGGAGGAGUAUAAAAAGGCGCCCCAUUCAUUUGUGUUUCAACGUGGUCAUGUGGGGAAAAAUGUUUUGCAGCUUGUUAAAGACAUGAGACAGUUAAUGGAACCAUACACUGCGUCUAGACUUCAGGUCCGAAAGAAGAAUGUGUUGAAAGACUUUGUCAAUAUAGCAGGAGAAUUAGGAGUGUCCCAUUUCUUGAUCUACACAAAAUCAGACAUAAACGUUCACUUGAGGAUGUGUCGAUUACCUCGAGGACCGACCUUGACCUUCAGAGUUCACGAGUACACUUUGUGUAAAGACAUUGUGUCGGCCCUGAAAAAGCCGAACAUGGACCCUAAACAGUUCAAUCAUCACCCACUGCUGGUCAUGAACAAUUUUACAGGAGAAGAAAUGCAUCUGAAGCUGAUGUCCACCAUGUUUCAGAAUAUGUUUCCUUCAAUUAACAUUAACAAGGUAAACUUGAAUAACAUAAAGAGAUGUGUGAUGAUAAAUUACAACAGUGAGGAUAAAACCAUUGACUUCAGACACUAUAACGUGAAGGUUGUACCAGUGGGAUUAAGCAGAGGUGUGAAGAAGCUGAUUAAGGCGGAAGUUCCAGAUCUCAGUCGUUUUAAUGAUGUUAGUGACUUUAUAACCAAGGGAGGUAAUUUGUCAGAGAGUGAGGCUGAGUUGGAUGGAGACCACAAUGAAGUGGUUCUACCCCAGGACAUCAGGAGUCGUGGAAACAUCCGCUCGGCCAAGAGUGCCAUCAGGUUGACAGAGGUUGGUCCCAGGAUGACCCUCCAGCUUCUGAAGAUAGAGGACGGUGUGUGUCAGGGAGACGUCAUGUUCCAUGAACUGGUCCACAAAUCAGACAAAGACAUCAAAGACAUAAAGGCCCUCAGGGAGUCCAAGAGAAAACUCAAAGAACUUCGCAAAAGACAGCAAGAAGAAAAUGUCAGCAAGAAACUUCAAAUAAAGGAAGAACACAAACAGAAAAGUUUGAAAGGAAUGAGGAAAGAGGAGGGAGAUGUAGAGGAGCCGGAGAUGGGGGGUAAUGAAGAUGAUGAUGAGGACGAUGAUGCUGCGUACUAUGAGGAGGAAGUGGGAGAGGCCCCAGACCCAGAUUUGUUUCAAAGAAAAAACAGAAAGAGAAAGCAAUCCCACAAUUCCCCAGUUCCAUUCAAGAAGAAGAGACCAAGUUCUGGAGCAAGGGGUGCUGGUGUUAGAGAUGGGGGUAAACCCAAUGUCAAACACAACAAGGGGGAACAGAAGGGGAAAUUCUCCAAGAGGCAUCAAAAGGAAAGUUUUGGAAAAGUGAAAGGCAAGAAGGGUGAACAUUUCAAGCAGAAAGACAGACCUAGUAACAGGAAGGCCAAAAGGUCGGGGGAGAUAACAAAGAAACCCAAGUUUAAAUCAAAGAGGAAAGGAAGAAAGUGAUGAGCGUGUUAAGUUAAUGUAUUAGAAAUAAAGAAGACAAUGAGUUCA